AUGACUUCCUUGAUCCGUCUCAUUCUGGCCGCUGCGGUGGUUUCCACUGUCACAGCAGCUCCUGCCACCACGCUGAUCGACACAGAUGCUCCUGACUUUGAGAUCGGCAGUCGAGACGUUUUAGCCGCCCGCCAAAGCCCAAAUUACAACCAAGAUUACACGACCGGCAACACUGUCAGUUAUACGGCAGCCAGUGAUGGCUACUCGGUCAGCUUUACGGGUGCCUCCGAUUUUGUUGUCGGAAAGGGCUGGUCGAAGGGAACAAACAGGAGCAUCACUUUCAGUGGCAGCACCACGGCCUCUUCGGGCACUGUGCUUCUCGCUGUCUACGGCUGGUCCAAGAAUCCUCUGAUUGAGUACUACGUCCAGGAAUACAGCAACGGCGCUGGUGCUGCGCAGGGCGAGAAGGUCGGUUCGUACACGAGCGAUGGCAGCACGUACGAGAUCUGGAAGCACCAGCAGGUCAACCAGCCGUCCAUCGUGAGCUCGUCGUCCACGUUCUGGCAGUACAUUUCUGUACGCCAGAACCAGCGAACCAGCAGCGGCACCGUCACGGUGGCCAACCAUUUUGCGGCCUGGGCGAAGAACGGACUGGACCUGGGCACCCUAGACUACCAGGUGAUGGCCACGGAGGGAUGGAACAAGGCGACCGGCAGCUCCCACUACACCCUGAGCUCGUCUUAG